AUGGCCUCCCCUGCCGCUCCACAGCUCGCCGACCGUCGUAAGCGCACGAAACUCUCUCCCGAGAACAGCUUGGAGCCUUCAGUUUCCCGCAAGUCAGAAUCCACGGCCAAGGCUUCAAAUGCACCUGCCAAACCCACCGAUGCUAGUGACUUGAACUCGGACAAUGAGAGCAGCGAGCUCUCUGAGUCGAGCGAAGAGCCCAGCGACUUCAGCUCCAGCGAGGGUGAAGACGACGGUACUCAGAUGGACGCCGACAAGACAUCCAAAGAGCCAGACGUUGUCAAUCUGAGAGCAAACAGAGGGAAGAAGCCCACAUACAAGCUGGACGAACAAGAGCUCGGCCCAGACAUCAGGACUUUCUUGAAAGAUUUCCUGCCGCAGCUGAAGGCCGCAAACGAAGAGCUCGAGGCCCAGCGCAAGGACGGCACUCUGAAGAAGCGGGAGAUUGACGCUGUUGACGGAGAGGAAGACGAGCAGUACAUCGAAAUGAAUCUCGGUCUCGGAGUGCUGAAGAUGAAAGACGCAGAGAACAGCUCAGAGAGCAGCAGUGGCAGCGACAGCGACAGCGACAUGAACGACGCCGAAGACACCGCAAAAGAGAAGGACGUGCUUGGCAAGCUCAUGGGCCAGGAAAAGACAAAGGAGGCUGCUGGCAUUCAGGAGGUCAAUGAAAAGCAAGGUGCAUGA